UGCUUUCUUAACAAAUAAGAGUUUCUCUCUUCAUCUGUUAUUGAAUCCCACUUCCCUGCUACAUGGAUUCCUUUGACUUGUUUGUCUGCUCCCUUUCGAAUAUUCACUGACAGCUUUGUUUUUCAACGUCUCAAAACGAAUCGAACCCCGAGGAAAUGCAUGAUCAAGAAGAAAAUGUGGAUGUUUUCUUGUUAGUCAUUUCAUCAGCUUAAUUAUCUCCCUAGAACUUGCGUAAUGGAAGCUAUCAUCAUAACAGCCACAGCACUGAUCAACACCAACUGCAAGAAAGUCGUUAACCAACAGAACUUCUCUCUGCAAAAGCUCUCCUUCUGGUUCGCUCCCACCACACGUCCACCUGGUCUUCUCUCUUUCACUUCUGGCUCGUAAAAUCUAGGCAACAAAAAUAAGUUUUUUUUUUCGUUUCGUGCUUUUGUAUGGCUGUUUACUCUUUCAACAACUUUUCAUCUGGGAAUUGUUACUAUAGUAUCUUUGAUCCAUUUUCGCAUGAUUUGGGACCAUACAAUGGAAGCUCCCUUGGCGGGUCUUUGUCAGUGUCGGUGUCACAGUCCUUGGUUUUGGAUAGUGAGAAAGGAGAGCUGGUGAAGGCGCCGUUGAAAGUAGGGAAGAAAAAGGUUCCGGAAGAGAAGAUUAUAGCGGCUUUGAAGAGUCACAGCGAGGCAGAGAGGAGGAGGAGAGAGAGAAUCAAUGCUCAUCUCGAUACACUCCGCACCCUCUUGCCCUGCAGACAAAAGAUGGAUAAAGCGACAUUACUUGGUGAAGUGAUUAAGCAAUUGAAAGAACUGAGGAAUAAUGCGACUGAAGCCAGCAAAGGGUUAGUUGUUCCGAUGGACGACGACGAGGUGAGCGUUGAACCAUGUAAUAUCGACGCCGCCGAUGGGGUGGUUUGUUUCAAAGCAUCGAUCUGUUGUGAUUAUAGACCUCAAAUUAUGACUGACCUACGGCAAGCACUCGACGCACUUCCCUUUCAAAUUAAGAUUGUCAAAUCAGAAAUAUCGACGUUGGGAGGUCGGUUGAAGAAUGAUUUUGUUUUCACAGCCGGCUGCACACGUAGUAGCAGUGUUAAACAUGUCGUUGAUGACGACGGUGAUAAUGCCGAUGCAUGGAGUUUUAUCGCAUGUUCAAUUCGGCAGGCCCUGGAUUCUGUCCUGGAGAAGGCUUCUACUUCACUGGAAUUCGCCCCAUUGUUGGCAUUCCCGAACAAGAGGCGAAGGAUCUCUUACACUGAUUCCUAAAGCUAUUCUUCAUGUUCCAAAAAGGAUUAGCCUUCUUUCGUUUUGUGUUAACGGGUGUGCGAAACUGUUAUUUCUGCUACAUAUGUUUGUAUGAUAUGUGCAAAUGUUGGUUUGAAA